AUGGACCAGUUGUUGAAAUCACUGGAGGCAUCAAUUGCCAACAGGAGGACAGUGCAGGUCAAGGAGGUGGAGACAUGCUUCACGACACUGAUCACUCAUCUGAAGGAGUGCGUGGAGAAUGAGGAGUUGCCACCAUUCCUCAAGCAGAGUGCCAAUGUAACGGCAUUCAUCAAAGUGUUUCAUCACAAUAUAUCAUUCUCAAACAAUCAACAGGGCAAUGAUCAGCUGGCCAUUCAUUCAUUGCGUAGUCUUGGCUACUUCCUAUUCAGUCAACAGAUAGUAGCACUACUCUCAGACAGCCAGAUCAGAGAUAUAUCAACCCUACUCGAUAAUACAAUACAGAUUACAAAGAAGAAGAAUAUUUGUAACUAUGCUAUUUGGUGUUUGUCAUCACAGUCGUUUCCAAAGGGUCCAGACAGUCCAAAGUUAGCACAGACGUUAUGUACUAUAUUGGAGAAGACACCUUAUAAUUCAAAGACAAUUGAACAUGAGGUAUUGGUAUCAUUCUCCAAGAUAAAUGUACAGAAUCCACAACUAUUCGCACCCCUUGCACAUCUCUGGAUACCCUCACUCCUUGACAAACUGCUCGACAAUGACAUUACCAGUCAAUCAUCAAGUGGCGCAUCAUCAGACCUCGCCAGGGCAUGCUUUGAAAAGGCUGAACAGAUUAUACGUGCCACGAUCACAACAUGGACAUCGACAAACACAAAGAAUGAACAAUUGACAAAGAGAUUGGUUGAGUGCCACAUUGAUAUAAUUGAAAGACUCAAUCAAAUCAAUGACAAUGGAAGAGAGGUAACUGCCAUCAAAGUAUGGGGAUACUAUAUCUACUUCAUUGGCGAGGCACUAUUCACCAACAAUCUGAUCAACAGCUUCCUCAAGCUUCCAGAGUCGUGGAGAUACUUGAUUGAUGCAUUGAGUGGACAUUCGUUGUUGAUUGCCAAGAGAUUGAAUCUGAUUGUAAUGCCAUUGAGUGUUGGAUUCAAGAAGGACAAUGACGCAAACUCAAAGGCCAGUUGUUUGAUAACGUGGCUUCAUUUGUUGGAUAGCAUCGGCCCAACGAACCUCGUGAAUAUGUUUGGUUCUGUAUUCACAACGAUCAUUCAAAGUCUGAUUGAGGAUGCUCAAUUCCAUCGAUGUUGCUUCAGUCUGAUGGUGUGUCUGCUGCUCAAGGAGAAUCUGGCCACAUCAUAUCGCGAGCAUCUCAAAGAGCAAUACCAUUGCUCGAUCAAACCGCUGCCCGAGCUGAGCGGUCAGUGGCUGCUCCAGAACCUCAAGACCUUUGUCAAUGUGCUGACAUUGAAGGGCGAGGAUGAGGAGCAGGACAACCCUGGCGACGUGUCCCUGGACACAUCACUCGACUCGUCCACCUCGCAGAAACAGCAACAGCCCAACUACCUCAAAGAGCGCUCGGACCUGUGGAACGCGCUGUUGGAGCGCGUGGCCAAUGUCGAUCACAAGGACGCACACUACCCACAGCUGAUCCAGCUUGUUCUCAAAGCGUUGGAGACCAUUGGCAGUCGGGUGUUGGGUGGUUCGCAGGCAACAUCGAUGACACUAUACGAGAUGCAAUUCAUCAAGACAUUGCACCAACUCACUAUCCAAUUGUUGCCAAAGUCGGUAUUGUUCUCCAGCGACAUCAAGGUGACCAAGGAUGUAGUCGACCAGCAGCAACAACUGUCUCCCUUUGACUUCAUUUUGAUUAAUAUUGUUGGCACUGGAUUACAAGUGAGCAGCAAGAAGAUGGACCAAUUCAUCAUACCAACCAUCAAUGAUAUUGUACAAUUCUCUUGUUCCAACUCACCAGACCUCGUCCAAAAGAUACACUCAAUCCUUGAAACAAUCGGGGAAUACCUCUCACACUCUUGUCCGACUCCAUCAAACAUGGAGCUUGUACUUCUCAUCUGGAUACAGAAUGCAACAACUACCCAACACUCUAUCGACAAGUCUCAUCAAUUGUUAUCGACGCCAUUGCUGAACACCAAGUCAUUGUCUAAUUUCAAGGCUAUAUUGACCUGGCCACUUAGACAGCUGUCAAUGUGUGAUUAUAGGGAUGGUGAGAUGCGCGACAAGGUAUUGAUCACGUGGAAGUCAUUGUUCCAAUCAUUCCACCGUGCCGUCUCUAUUAGAACAUCGCUGAAUCCAUUCGUCGAGCAACUUUUGUCAUCGAUAGAGUCGAGCACCAAGUGGAAACACGUCUCCAACCUCGAGACAACCUUGGGCGUUGUCGCCAUCGCCCUCCAAACACUUGAUAUAUCACUGGCACCGCCUGCCGUCAGCAGGCGAUCAAACGACGCGUCAAUGGACCUUGACGCAUCGAGUGGCUCAAGUGGCCAUGCAUCAGUGUUCACAUUUGUCAAUAGCUUGCUGGAGGCUUCGUCUGGGACCCAGGCAACAUCGACUCAGCAGUUGCUCGCGGCUCUGGCGCAGGUUGUCAAGAAGAUGCCCAGUGCCAAGGUGUUGGUAGGCUUGUGCACUCAGUUGAGUGGCGCACUUACAUCACUUCUCAAGACGAUUGGACCAGAGCCAUCGGGCUCAUCGCUCUCCCAGGACUUGAAAGAGUUGCUGGCCUCAUACAAGAAGUCACUCAAUCAGCUAUGGUGCGCACUGCUUGAGAGUGCCACGCGAGUGAUUGGCACCAAGUACGAUCAAGGCGAUGCAGUGCUCGAUGCGAUGAGCGAUAUGCUGUCCUGCGCAUUCCUCUCCAAACAAUCAUUGAUUGCUGAAAAGACGCUGGACUUUUGGAAUGGAGUGUUUGGCGCGCAAAAGAGACUGCGCUACAAGCCGGAACUUUGGUCGACGUUGGUUGCCGUGCGCAAGAGAGUAUCAUCAAUCAAUCUGCCAGACAACCUUGCCGACCAAGACAACGACACUGACCACUCACACACCAAACUACCACCGGCCACUCUCGGUUCCUUCCACGACUCACUCCAACUUUUACCGGAAAUCAAUAUGAUUCCAUCUUAUACAUCAUCGUCAUCAGCAACAUCAACACCAUCAUCAUCAUCGUCAUCAUCAUCCUCAUCAUCAUCAAAAGCACUCAACCAUUUAUACACAUCACCAAAGAAGAAGUCCACCACAUCAAAGAAGCGUGUCCAUGUUGAUGAUGACGAUACUGGCAUUGUGGACAAUGACGAGACAAUUCCAGAUACAUCAAUGAUCAUUGAUAUAUGUUCACCUAUCAAGCCAGCACCAGGUCACCUGGCAGUGACUAAUGGCAAUGGGUUGAUGAAUGUGAGAGAAUGUUUGGAACUCCUUUCACAUGUCAACUUUGAAGCGUUUACCAAUCUCGAGCUUGGUGAAUUCCAAGGACUUGCACUACUUGUUGCCAACGAGAUCAAUGGGGCACUCCUUAAACGGUUUGUCGGUUGA